GGUAUGUUUAUGUUUUUAUUUUCUACGUCAUAGUUUUAUCUGGCAAUGCCCAGUGAGUGUCAAGAUUUUUAAGCGGGUAUUUGAUUUUGAACAAUUUGAGAAAAAUGUGCGAAAAGAGGAAGGAUUGCGCUAGACAAUAUGUUGUUGAAGAAAAUAUUUGGAAAUCUUCAUCUUCUAGUGCUUCGGAAAAAGCAGCUGCAUGGCGACGACAGCUUAUUUUAUUGGGAGACCCAGAACAUAAUUUGCCAAAAUCUGAAGUUUACGCACUGUUACAACAACAUCAUACUCGUUUGAAUUCUAACACCUUAGACGAAUAUAAGAAGCAACGCGUGGAUUCGGUAAAAUCGCUUUUGAAAAAGAAUAAUCACCUGCCCCUAUCCAUGGCUUCUAAAAAAGAUAAUUACGUAUUUGAAGACUCAGAUUUUGAGCCUUCAUGUAGUGGUGUUUAUGAAAGUUGUAAAAGAAUGGAAAUAACUGACGAUGAUUUAAGGCAUUUGCAAGAUACAAAUUACCGAGGAAAACUUGAAAAACUCGGUAAUGUGACUGCAGACGUAUAUCCGAGUACAUCAAGAUUUGUACAUCAACAGAAACAAUCUAAAUUGAUUGAAAGUGUUGAGAGAACGAAUAAUACAAUUACAAAAGAAUCCCUAAGCUGCGAAAAAGCAAAAAGUAAUGGACCAACUAUUGGAGGAAACCAAUUUCGAACAGCGAGGGAAAUACUAUUGACUAAAACCAUUCAAAAAUCAAAUACUAGUGGCAGUGGCGACAAUGAUUUAAAGGGUGUGCUAAAUACUGCUAAGAAAGCAGAAGUACCAAUAUAUUUUAAUUAUGGCAUAACAAAAAAGGUUUUGGGCUCUCGUAGGACAAUAAAGUCCGGGUUUGUUUCACCAAUAACAAAGGACAGUACAUUUGCCAUGGAUUCAUCACCACAUAAUACCCAAUCACCACCAUUAAAUUUAACCUCUGAAGAUACUGAUGAGAGACUUAAAAAUAUAGAUCCUAAAAUGGUUGAUCUAAUUAAAAAUGAAAUAAUGUACAAAUAUAAGCCCAUGGAUUGGGAUAAUAUCGCUGGCUUAGAUUACGUAAAAUCGAUUAUUAAAGAAGCUGUAGUAUACCCCUUACUGCGGCCUGAUAUAUUUACUGGUUUACGUCGUCCUCCUCGUGGUAUUUUGCUAUUUGGACCCCCAGGCACGGGAAAAACGCUUAUUGGUAAAUGCAUCGCUUCUCAAUCUCAGUCAACAUUUUUUAGUAUUAGCUCGUCUGCUUUGACAUCAAAAUGGGUUGGUGAGGGGGAAAAAAUGGUAAGAGCACUAUUUGCUGUAGCUGCUGUUUAUCAACCGUCGGUGGUUUUUAUCGAUGAAGUUGAUUCUCUUUUAUCAAAACGCUCAGAGUCUGAACAUGAUAGCUCACGUAAAUUAAAAAACGAGUUUUUGGUGCAAUUGGAUGGUGCUGCAACAAGUGAGGAAGAUCGUGUGCUUAUUGUAGGCGCUACUAAUAGGCCACAGGAGUUAGAUGAUGCUGCACGAAGGCGCUUUGCCAGACGUUUAUACAUUCCUCUUCCCGAAAUAAGUGCUCGAAUACAAAUUCUAAAAAAUCUGUUGGGAACUGUAUGUAAUGAUUUAGAUGAAAAUAAUAUACAGGAAGUUGGAAAUCAAACUAAGGGUUACUCUGGUGCAGACAUGGAUAUUCUUUGCCGUGAAGCUUCCAUGGAACCAUUGCGUUCAAUACCACCUGAUCAGAUUCCCCAUAUAGUAAAAGAUAAGGUACGCCCAGUAAAUAUCGACGAUUUUAUGUCAGCUUUACAAAGUGUACGACCGAGCGUGUCGAAAGAUGACUUAGCUCAAUAUGUAGAAUGGAAUAGAGAAUAUGGCGCAUUGCGACAAUUGAAAUAACAAGUUUGGCUCUCUGGUUGACUAAGUUAUUACAGUAAAUGAUGUGUAAAUAAACACAUAUACAUACAUAUUCACUACUUGCAAGUGCAAAAA